AUGGAAGGUUCUAUUCGAAUUCCAUUAUACGCUUUAAUAUUUUUGAGUGGACUUUUUGGGAACAUACUUGUGAUCAUCACCUUAGCAAGAAACAGACGACUCAGAAUAGUCACUAACGUGUUCCUGCUCAAUUUAGCAAUCAGUGACCUGCUUUUGGGGGUGUUCUGCAUGCCAAUUACCCUUGUUGGAACAUUAUUAAGAAAAUUCGUUUUCGGCCCAGCUAUGUGCAAAAUUAUUUCGUAUGUUCAAGGAGUAACAGUAGCAGUUAAUGCCUGGACUAUGGUCGCGAUAUCAUUGGAACGAUAUUAUGCUGUUUGUGAACCGCUGCAAUCAAGACGUUGGCAGACGUCAUCCCAUGCCUGUCGAGUAGUCAUUGCAAUAUGGGUUAUGUCUUUCAUUGCAAUGGCUCCGAUUGCCUAUGUAUCUGGAUUGCUGCCGUCGGACCCUCCAGGAAAAUUUAAAUGUCGAGAAAGUUGGCCGAGCAGUACAUGGGAGAGAAGCUUCAAUCUAAUUCUUGACAGCAUUCUGUUAGCUUUGCCCCUUAUCGUCAUGGCAACAGCUUAUACCAGAAUAGGUUUAAUUCUGCGCACAGAAAUAACGGAAAACAGUGUCUUUGAAGCAGAUGAAUCAAUCAGCAACUCCCGGAAUCGUCAGAGAUUCAGUAGCCAGAUUACAUCGACAGAUGACUGCAUCUUGUGCAAAUCACCGAAAUGGUCAAUGAAGUUUAGUCACUUCAGUGGUCCUACACAUGGCAGUUCCACCCGGACAUCAACAGUCACGUCUCAAUUUCAUUCUGGGCAUCAAUACAGUACAACUGAAAGUGUCAGCACAGUCACUUUAAACAUGAACAGCCAUAACUUAGAACAUCGUCUAGCUAUAAAGAAACGAGUAACUUGCAUGUUGCUGAUUGUUGUCCUCGAAUUUUUUAUCUGCUGGACACCCAUUUAUGUCAUCAACACAAUUGCUAGUUUCGAUUCCAAUUUUGUUUAUGAAGGCGUUGGAUAUUUUAAUAUAUCAUUCUUUCACUUACUUUCAUACGUUUCGUCUUGCUGCAACCCAAUAACUUAUUGUUUUAUGAACAGAAAUUUCCGAAGAGAAUUCUUACAAACCUUUACAAGAUUGUGUUUCUCGUGUAAAGUGUGCAAGAGAAGUUCGAGAAGUAACCCUGCACUCAACUAA